AUGGAGGAAACUACUUCGAAAAUUUUUUCCUAUAUUUGUUCUCUAUUUACAACUACUUGUAUUGGUGGUUACAUUUAUAGUGCUGAAAUGCGCAUCAAACGAAUUGAAAUAGAUGGUUUUAAGUCCUAUGCUCAACGUCAAGUCAUUGAUGGCUUUGAUGCUCAGUUUAAUGCCAUCACAGGUUUGAAUGGUUCCGGUAAAUCGAAUAUACUGGAUGCUAUAUGCUUCGUUUUAGGAAUUUCAAAUUUAAGUCAGGUUCGUGCUACUCAACUUUCGGACCUUGUUUAUAAGCAAGGUCAAGCUGGCAUCAGCAAAGCUACAGUAUCAAUAACGUUUGACAAUACCGACAUAUCGCUUUGUCCUGUUGGCUUUGAGAAAUAUGAUGAGAUUAUUGUCAGGAGACAGAUAGUGAUAAGUGGUCGUAACACAUACAGUAUCAAUGGAACAGCAGCGACAAACAGUCGAGUUGCGGACCUGUUUCGAGCAGUUGGAUUGAAUGUAAACAAUCCGCAUUUUUUAAUUAUGCAAGGGCGUAUUACAAAAGUCCUUAAUAUGAAACCAAUGGAGAUUGUUGGUAUGAUUGAGGAAGCCGCAGGAACACGCAUGUACGAAGCUAAGAAACAAAAUGCUAUACGCACAAUCGAGAAAAAGGAGGGUAAAAUGGCAGAAAUCAAACAGUUAAUGGAAGAUGAUAUACUUCCUCAAGUAGAUAGAUUAAAACGAGACCGCAGCAACUUCCUCGAGUAUCAGAGACUAGGUCGGGAGAUGGAAGCACUUCAGAGAAAGCUUAUUGCUUUUGAUUUCGUGAGCUCAACGACCCAUUGUUCUAUAUUACAAAAUAACGUAACCAAUAUAAAAAACGAAAUUCACGAAAUAGACAAAGUCAUUUAUGAUACAAAAGAAGAGAUAGAUCGAAAGCAGAUUCGUCUCCAGGAAAUCGAGGAAAAUAAAAAGAAUAAGUAUGAACAACAAAAAAAGGAAAUUGAAAAUCGUAUCAAAAUGACAUUAACAGCACUGACGUCCGCAGAAGAAGAUCUUGAUGCAAUACAAGAUAAAAAAAGUGGAGCCCAAACUACUGUAAAGCGGAUGACGAAAAGUAUUCAGUCGGAUAAAACUGAGCUAGAAAAAAAGUGCCAAGAAUUGAAGAAACUGGAAGGGGAAAUUGGCGGUGAAGAACUGCGUGGUAAAAAAGCUGAGGAAUCAGUCAGGCGUGCUCGAAAUAAAAUGGAGGCAUUAGCGAAAGGGAUGACUACUGAUGAAGAUGGUCACGUAAUUUCUCUAGAUGCUGAACUAACAGCUCAACGUAGUGCUCUAAGUGCUCUAGAGACCAAAAUUAAAACAGCCCAAAUGAGAUUGAGGCAGUUAGAGCCGUCACUUGCGAGAAAGCAAACUGAAUUGAGUAAAUCUCUUGAUCAAGCUGGUGUCGACGAACAAGAGCAAGCCAGUUUAGAACAGAAAAUUAAAUGCAUAGAAGCAAAAUUAAUGAAGCUUAAUUUUGAUGAAGGAAGAGAAGCGCAGAUUACCAGUGAACGUGAAAAUCUUUCCGAAGAACGUAGAAAUUUAUCUGAUACUGUGAUGGAUUUCGAUGCUCGGCAUCCAAAUUUAAAAUUCGAGUAUUCGAGUCCAUUUCCAAAUUUUGACCGCUGUUCUGUAUUUGGAGUUGUUGCGAGACUAUUUCGAAUACGUGAUUUCCGAUUUGCAACAGCUUUGGAAGUUGCUGCAGGCAGAUCGAUUCAAUUCUUAAGAUUUUCAAAUUAA